AUGAUAUGCGACGAAGACUUCAUAUCAUCGUCGUUAGAUAGUACGCCAAGUGAAAACUUAGUCAUCUCUUGGCAAACUGAUAUUCAACCUGCAGUCAAGCAUCGCAUCAAUCCUAAUUCACGAUUGUGGUCAAAGGAAAUUCAGUUGGAUGCUUGUGAUCGAUUUAGUCUUUCAACACUUCUUGACUUUAUGAACAUGAUUCGGAAUUUGUCAUCGACUUACGUAAAAAACAAUUGCACAACUUCUAGUGCAGUUGGAGUGGACCACAGUUUCUUGAGUCUCCCUUCCAGUGUUUGUCUGGACAAAAGUUUACUGAAAUUGCAUUAUCCUCUCAGCGAUUAUGGCUCAGUGCAUGAUAUUCUGCGUCAAAAAGGUAGUGGUUUGUGCGAAAAACUGGUAUGUGCCAUUAUGGGCCGAGUAGUAUUGUGCCUUGACCAGUUGCAUAACAGUGGUUUACUUCAUCGAGGCUUAUGUUCAAAACAUCUACUUAUACGAAAAAUAUUGGACUCCAACCCAAAAUCUCAUAAAGUGACCGUGGUACUAUGUGGCUUGGGAAGUAUGGCACAACUACCGCCAUCCUGGAGCACUGUGGCACGAAACGAUCUGCCAUUCCUUUAUGUUGCUUGGCGUGGUUGGAGGUUACAUGAGUCAUCAAACUGUGAAUCAUAUAGCCACCCAGUAGCGUGGUACAGCCCAGAAUUAUUGGCGCAAGAUUUUACAGGAUAUUCAUGGUCUUCAGAUGUAUACAGUUUGGGUCUUAUUUUGUACGAAAUGUUCACUGGUCAACCACCGUACACAAGAUGUCCCCCUUCGCUUAUAUUACUAAAGAAAAUACUACACCUAGAUUUCCCUCAACUCCACAAUGAAAUCAAUCCACCUAGUACUGAAAUGCAAGCAAUCUACGAAGCUUGUACACAUUAUGAUCCCCAAAAACGUCCAUCUACAAAAGAUUUACUAGGUAUGUCAUGGAUACAACAAGGAUUAAACACAGUUAUUACGACUGGCGAGUUAGAUUCUUUACAUUGA